AUGUCUCAACAACCCGUCCUCGUCCAGACCGCCUCGCUGCACAACAAAGUCGCCCUCAUCACCGGCGCCUCGCGCGGCAUCGGCAAGGGCUGCGCCCUCGAGCUCGCCCGCCGCGGCUGCUCCAUCGUCGUCAACUACGCCAACAGUAAAGCCGGCGCCGACGAGGUGGUCAAGGAGAUCGAAGGACUCGGAACCGGCGCCAAGGCUGUCUCGAUCCAAGCCGAUGUGAGCAAAGUCGCGGAGAUCGAGCGUCUAUUCCAGGAGUCGAAGAAGGCUUUUGGCAAGGUGAACAUUGUGAUGAGCAACAGCGGCACCGAGAGCUGGGAUAAGACGGAGGAUAUUACCGAGGAGAAGUUUGACCAUGUGUUCAACUUGAACGCGCGGGCGCAGUUUUUCGUCGGCCAGGCGGCGUGGAAGCAUUUGGAGAAUGAUGGGCGGUUGAUCUUGAUGAGCUCGAUUGCCGCGGGGCUGUUGGGUGUGAAGGACCACAGCUUGUACAAUGCGUCGAAGAUGGCCGUCAUUGGCAUGAUCAAGGCUUUUGCGACGGACUUUGGCGCGAGGGGGAUUACUGUCAAUGGCGUCGCGCCCGGUGGGAUUAAGAGUGACAUGUUCACGCAGAAUGCGUGGCACUACAUCCCCGGUGGCACUCCAGAGUGGCCAGCGGACAAGAUCGAGAAGCUGAUGGCUGAGCACUGCCCGCUCAAGCGCUGCGCUGUCCCAGAGGACGUCGCUCGUGUGGUGGCUUUCCUCGCUUCUGGCGACGGCAGCUGGGUCAACGGCCAAGUCAUCACCAUCUCUGGCGGAUCCUCGCAGUAA